AUGACUUCGAUGUAUACGAUUAAUUAUGCGCUAAGAGCGCAUAAGCGUGAUCCUUUUAUAGAAUUCAUUAAGGGAAUGCUUAUGACACCAUUUGUUUUACAUGCCAAACCAGUUCCACCGAAGGGUGACUCAACUGAUAGAGAUGAUGUAAACGUAGAUGAUCAAAUGGAUGCAAAUGUUGCUAGAUAUUGUGAUAUAUUAUCGAGUAUUGAGGAGUUGAUAAAUGAACAUAUUAGGAAAGAAAAGAAAGGUGUUCCUGAACAAUCCCGACUCAAACGUCUCGUUCCAUCAGUUUCAACUUUUCAUACCCAAUUGCCAUUACGUGAAUCUUUUCUAUUAGCUAAUGCUAAACAUUCAAUUGCUGCUCGUCGAUUUGUUCCACCUAGUUUUAAUGACAUUCGAAGAAUAUUAAAUACUGCUCAGAUUAUCGCGAUUGCACCAAAACUUAAAUUGAUAACCUUCGACGGAGACAUGACACUUUAUGAUGAUGGAAAAGAUUUUGAGCACGAUUCUGCAUUGGUCAAUUUUCUUGUAAGAUUAUUGGAAUUUGAUCUUAAAGUGUGUGUUGUGACAGCCGCUGGUUAUCCAGGUGAUGCAGAACGUUAUGAACAACGACUAUCAGGUUUAUUAAAAGGUUUUGAGAGUGCACGACUACCUAAGAUAUUUUGCGAAAGAUUCUAUGUGUUGGGUGGGGAAUGUAAUUAUUUGUUCCAAUGUCAAGAAAACUAUCAUCUGAAAUAUAUUCCAGAAUCUGAAUAUCAACCAGAAGAGAUUUUGUCUUGGCAUGAACCUCAUAUUAAUGCUAUUCUCGAUGUUGCACAGGAAACUUUGCAAAGGUGCAUUAACGAUAUGAAGUUGCCAUGUACAUUAUUACGUAAAAGUAAAGCUGUUGGCACUGUACCUAAACCAAAUGUCAGGAUUUUUAGGGAACAGCUUGAUGAAUGUGUUCUUGCAACUCAACAUAGUCUGGUCAGUUAUUUGCAGUCACCAUCGGGCAAACAACAUUCUUUACCUUUUUGUGCAUUUAAUGGAGGAAGAGACGUUUGGGUCGACAUGCAAAUUUUACAAAAGUUUCUCGGAACUACUCCUUCCGAAACCUUACAUGUUGGAGACCAGUUCUUGUCUACAGGAAAUGAUUUUGCCACAAGAUCACAAUGUUGUACGUUAUGGAUUGUUAAUCCUGAAGAAACACAAAAUGUGUUGAUAGAACUAGUAUCUUCAUUAGAAGAAAAGAAGUCCCAGGAGAACUGUCGUUAA